AUGGUAAAAGUCGGCCUUGAUACCUAUGAAUUACCUGUAAACCAAAGCGCACUUAAUGGAGGAUGGACCCCGCAAGGAAGGGUGACCGGUAUCAGUCUGCUUCAUGAAUCAGGGACAGGUGGUGGACCGAAAUAUGGCUACCCAGCACAAAUGCCCUUGACCUCUAUCUCACCUCCCGUGAACUUGCUAGACAAUCUGACAUACUGGCAAACCCGAGAUGGCAAAGAUGCGGCAAGCGUAGGGUACUUCCGAACCCGCUUUGAAUCCGGCGUAACUAUCGAGCUCUCUGCAACUCGCCACGCGGGGUUGAUGCAUUAUAGCUUCCCAUCUUCUCAGAAGAAUAUUCUUGUAGACUUCUCACACUACCUUCCUUACCCGACGCGUGCAUGGGAUUCGCAAUUCUAUGCGGGCGGAGAGAUAGAUAUUCAGCCAAACGGCAGUAUUUAUACGGGUUAUACAAGUAUUGCAAAUGGGUGGAACUUAGGUUCUCCAGUGACUGUGUAUGUCUGCGGAGAGUUCGAUUCCCCGCCGGAUAGAGCGAGAACCUUCAGUGGUAGGAACACGUUUCCAGUGGGUCGCCAUUUCCGAUCAUUUAAUAAUGAGACGACGCCCGAGCCUACUUUUCAUGGAUUUUCAGCGCGUUCAGGCCCAUUGAGUGACCGAGUUGGAGCUGUUUUCUCCUGGAACGGUACCAGCAGUUCCGACCAUGUCAAAUCGCGAGUGGGAGUGUCGUUCAUUUCGGUAUCGAAAGCCUGUGACUACAAAAACCAGGAGCUUUCGUCAUGGGAUAUCAACCAAACGGCCCAAGCUGCUCGCGACGAAUGGAAUCGAGAUGUGUUCUCAAAAAUCCAGGUCAACACAUCACCUUCGGCUAAUCAGACUCGCCUUGCGCUCCUGUACUCCUCUCUUUAUUUCAUGCACCUCAUCCCGAGCGAGCGCAUAGGCGAGAACCCGCUCUGGGAAUCUGACGAGCCGUAUUGGGACGACUUCUACACUAUGUGGGACCUCUUCCGCAACCAAGUCAGCUUAUGGCACCUCAUCCAACCCGCGUACUACGAGAGCAUGAUCCGAUCUCUGAUUGACAUGUUCAAACACGAAGGAUUCAUGCCAGAUGGGCGAAGUGGGAACUAUAAUGGGCUUUUCCAGGGAGGAUCAAACGCGGAUAACGUGCUUGCGGAUGCGUACGUCAAAGGCCUUCGUGGGAAGAUUAAUUGGACUGAUGGUUAUGCUGCGGUCAAGAGAGAUGCAGAAGUGCUCCCUUUCUGGGACUCCAACCCUGUCGACCCCCAAGGCUCUCUGAAAGAAGGGCGCUCGGCGUUGGACGACUGGAUUCCAUUGGGGUACAUCUCAGCAGAUCGAAAUACCCGCUGUGUGUCUAAGACGGUAGAGUACUCGCUGAAUGACUUUGCCGUGAGCCAGAUCGCGAAAGGAGAGGAGCCUGGCGACCAGGAGCUGUACUUGCGGAGAUCCGCCGGAUGGCAAUUGAUAUGGGACCCUGAUGCUAGUAGCCGAAAUUUCACUGGGUUCGUGAUGCCAAGGUUUGCAAAUGGGACGUUUGACAAGACCUACGAUAUCACGAAUUGCGGAGAAUGUAAUUGGGGGGAUCACAGUUAUGAGGGUACUGUGUUUGAAUACUCAUUCGUGAUCCCGCAUGACGUCGAAACAAUGAUUCAGCUUAUGGGAGGACCCCAGCAUUUCGAGCAACGUCUCGACUAUAUCUUUCAACCUAACACGUCCGGCGUUGACCUCGGGGUAAACGGUCUCGGCAUUACAACCAUCAACAACGUUGCCAAUGAACCCGACUUCGGGACUCCCUAUCUGUACAAUUACCUCAACAAGCAGUAUAAGAGUGUUGGGAGAUCGCGCCAGCUCGCUAACGACUUCUACUUCAAUACGUCUAAUGGAAUCCCGGGAAAUUCUGAUGCCGGCGCGUUGAACUGUUGGCUCGUUUGGCAGAUGUUAGGGUUGUACCCGGUUGUAACUACUCCAGUGUAUCUUCUCGAAAGCCCUUGGUUUGAUGAUAUAAAUAUCACUGUCAAUAAUAACCGAACAUUACGGAUACGAGCUGAGGGCCUAGAUGAUGGGGAUAGUCGUCAAGGCUACUACGUUCAGAGCGUAAGCAUUAAUGGGGAGAUGUGGAAUAAGAAUUGGUUUGAACACGAUGAUGGCGAUAUUAUGAGCGAAGGAGGAGAGAUUUUCUUCCGUCUUGGCACGGACCAAAAAGUGUGGGAAACUGGAGGGGUCCCCCCUAGUCCUGGGCAUAUUGUGUUGGAGAACGAUAGGCGGUAA